UGAUUGAGUCACAGGACAGCGGUGCUGUUCUAAAACAGUGUGUGUCUGCGUGUGCAGUGUUUUAAGUGUACUUAAUGCCUAACAUCUAUUACUAAAAUGUGUCGUUACGCUCUUUUGGGUUACUUUUCUGACCAGACCUUCUCAGUUUGUGCAUGAUUAUCGUCCUAGUUCGUGAAUCUCAAAAUUCUUCUCUCAGUCUAAUUGACAACAGUUGAUCUUCGUCAGGUCGAGCGCGUUGAACCCAAUGUAAACAAACCCCGGUCCGCGGUCGAAGAUUAGCUGUUUUCAUCCACAAAUUCGCCUGGAAUCAUCGUCAGCGGCUUUAAAGUGUGUUGGAGUCGAAGCGAGAUGAUUCGGCCGUGUAGUCAGGCCUUGGACUGAAGUUAAAGCCAUUUAUUCGAGUCUGUCAGAGUGUCAGAUUCGUCCCGAGGCCUCAUAUCUGUGGAUGAGGAAGUGAACGGACCGAGCUCACCCAGGAGAAAGGAUCCCAUUUCAUGGGAGAAUCCUCUUUCCUUUACUCCUGGGUGAACCGGUGAUCUGUCAAAAUGGAUGAACAGGAGGCCUUGAAUUCCAUCAUGCAAGACCUGGUGGUACUGCAUCGAUCCAGUCGACCAUCUGGUCUGUCUGACCUGAGCAAACCCAAGGCCUCUUCUCCAAAGAACCAGAAUGAUGUAAGGGUGAAGUUUGAGUACAGAGGAGAGAAGAGGAUCCUGCAGUUCCCUCGACCUGUCAGUCUGGAAGAUCUGAGCACCAAAGCUAAAGUAGCGUUUGGGCAGAGCAUGGAUCUGCAUUACACCAAUAAUGAGCUUGUGAUUCCAUUGAGUACUCAGGAUGAUCUGGAUAAAGCUGUGGAGCUGUUGGAUCGUUCAAUGCAUAUGAAGAGCCUAAAAAUCUUGCUUGUGCUCCCCUCUUGCACUCAGAAUUCUGUCUCCAGUAAGGACUUGUUGCCUGCUCAUGAGAACUUGGACAACACCGACUUCAGUGCUGCAGAUAAAAAGAGCAUGUUGGCACUCAUAGGUUCUCAGUCAACCGAUCGUAGUUCUCCUCCUCCAGGCUAUAUUCCUGAUGCUCUGCAGCAGGUUGCCAGAAACGGCUCUUUCACCAGCAUCAACAGUGAGGGCGAGUUCAUACCAGAGAGCAUGGACCAGAUGCUGGACCCUCUGUCUAUGAGCAGCCCUGAGAAUUCAGCAUCAGGCAGCUGCCCUUCCCUGGACAGUCCACUUGAUAGUGAUACCUAUCCAAAAUCCCGUAUGCCUCGAGCCCUGAGCUACCCAGAUAACCAUCAAGAAUUCCCUGAGUACGAUAUACCAGUGUUUGAAAAAUCAGGGAAGGGAGGAACCUAUCCUAGGCGAUAUCACAUCUCGUUUGGUCUGCAGGACUACAGCGAUGGACGGAAGACCUUUCCAAGGGCGCGGCGGACACAGGCUCAUGGUUUUCGUUCUCCGGUGAGCUUUAGUCCUACUGAGCAGCAGAGCCCCAGCACUAGCAGUGGAAGCAGCAUCUUCACUCCUGAGGUAGAGGAACCAGGGCGCAGACGCCGCGGCAGCGAUAUAGAGCCCAGCUCGAACCCCACUCUAUCAGUCAUGGACAUCAGCCCUCCCAGCCGCUCCCCUCGGGCUCCCACAAACUGGCGUCUAGGGAAGCUUUUGGGGCAAGGAGCGUUUGGGCGAGUGUUUCUAUGCUACGAUGCGGACACUGGCAGAGAACUUGCUGUUAAACAGGUUCAAUUUGAUCCAGAUAGUCCAGAAACUAGCAAGGAGGUGAGUGCUCUGGAAUGUGAGAUUCAGCUGCUGAAAAAUCUUUUCCAUGAGCGCAUUGUUCAGUACUAUGGCUGCUUGCGGGACACACAUGAAAGAACGCUUUCCAUCUUUAUGGAAUACAUGCCUGGGGGCUCCAUUAAAGACCAGCUGAAGUCGUACGGUGCUCUGACGGAGAACGUCACGCGUAAAUACACACGGCAGAUACUUGAAGGCGUGUGCUACCUUCACAGUAACAUGAUUGUUCACAGAGACAUCAAAGGUGCCAAUAUCCUUCGGGACUCUGCAGGUAAUGUGAAGCUGGGUGACUUUGGAGCAAGUCGGCGGCUCCAGACCAUCUGCCUGUCUGGAACGGGCAUCAAGUCAGUGACAGGUACACCCUACUGGAUGAGCCCUGAGGUCAUCAGCGGAGAGGGGUACGGCAGGAAAGCUGAUAUCUGGAGCAUCGGCUGCACCGUGGUGGAGAUGUUGACUCAGCGGCCGCCCUGGGCGGAGUACGAAGCAAUGGCAGCCAUUUUUAAAAUCGCCACUCAGCCCACCAACCCCACUCUGCCGCCUCAUGUGUCGGACCACUGCCGCGAUUUCCUUAAACGGAUUUUUGUGGAGACUAAACAGCGUCCCGCUGCUGAGGACCUAUUGCGGCACACUUUUGUCCACUAGCCACUCCCCCUUCCAUCUCUGACCAAUCAGAGACUUCCAUAAGUGUCUAUAGGACCAUCCCCUUUUGAGACUCCUCCCAGCAGGCCUAAGAGCCCCCACUGGACCAGAGCGCAUAGCGAAGAGGGCAACGGCCUAAUUUCACACCUCUGCUGGGGCAGGACGGUGAUUUGGAGCAGCUUGAUUCCGUACGAAAACAUUGCACCUUAAUUUCACUCAGGGGUAAGUACCCCUAAAGACUAAUGGAUAUCGGUACCCCAAAAGACUAAAGGAUGUUGUCUUUUAAAGGCUUUUGUUUAUUUGUUUGUAAUGUUUUGAAAUCCCCCAUGAUUGUGAGCCUUAGCUCUGGGGAGUCCGGUUGGGUUCUGGAUGCACUGGUUUAAUGCAGGAAGAUCUCGGAAUGUCAACCCCAGAACAAGGCAGGUACGCCAAUACGCUGCUAAAGGGUAAAAGGAAAAAAAAUGAAACGAAAUCGCAUAUAGAUGACAGGAUGUAUAGGACUCUCCUGCUCAGCUGUCAUGGCUCCUAAAAGUUCUCAUUUUCUUGCACAGUCCUCCUAGAACAUACACACGUACAUGAACUCUGAUCGAAAAUCUUACUGUAGAAUAUUUACUCACUAUGCUGUACAAACAUUUACGUUUGCUGACCUUCCGAUCUCAACCACAUACCGGAGUGUAUUCGCUCUCUCUAGCUCUAGAAUUCGUCAGGACCUCUUGUACCCGUUUCUUUCUACCUUCUGCUUUGUUUCUGUUUUUACUGUGUGCCUUUUUACAAACGUCUCCUUCCUCUUUUUUGUAUUCUGCUCUGUCUUAAGUGUCCAAUCAUUUUUCUAGAAUUUUAUAGGUUUAAUGCACAGCUACUCACAAGUCUUUCUGACUUUGUACAGGAAUUAUUUAGGACAGCUCGGCUCUUCAUGCUGUUUCUAGAUCAGCUUAAGCAGCUCCGCUCUGCCUUUUUCCCCCCUUUGGUCCCUCUGCUGACAAACUGAUCUCGGGUCAGAUUCACCUGUGCAUUCUUUCAACACAGUGCCGUACACUUCAAUCUGAUCAGGUAGGCAGGUUGAAUACACACUCACUCACCAAAGCGAAAAACCCAGACCACACAGGCAGGGUUUAGUGCCUGGACAUUAGUUCACCAACAUUUUACAGUAAGAAUCGCUCUGAUUCCAGUAUAAAUCUCAAGAACAGAGAGCGUUAGAUUGGAAUAGAGAAAUGGAUUGCUCUCAACAAGAAAGUUGAAACUGUAAGUGCACUUCCAGUGAACACAACACAACCUGGAUCCUUUCUGCUGAUAUUUUCCAUUCCAGAAGUCUGAUGCUGUAAUUCAUCAGCAGUUUUCUCAUCAGAUGUUCUCACUCGAAUAUAUUUCUGCAGGUUUCAGAAUAUGCAGAAUUUCACAGAUCGUAACAAUACUCAGCACUUGACAGUACUUAACGGUUUGCCUAGAAAUUAACCUCGCUAUCCCACGAUGCCUUGGGACUUGUCAAGCACUUGGUUACACACACUCUGCUAGUGCACGCUCCUGGAUAUUUAAGUGAGCAGUCAUGUUGCUGUUCAAGAUCUCUCCUCCACAUAGUGCUGUAGUGCCUGCCUUCAGAUGUAGGUGAAUACAUUCUUUUUUCGGGGGUUAACCUUGCUCCUCCCAUAAUUCUUUGGGUUUGUUUUCUUCAUUCCCCGCGUCACAAACUGCCAUUCUUAAUUCGAAGGUUAUUCAUUUCCCCUCUCUCAUAAAUAUGAGAAUAUGGUACUUGUAAUUUAACAUACAUACAUGUAUGUUAAUUUAAUAGUCAUAUAAUGGAAACAUUUUAAAAUUCAAGCAGUGAUUUCAUUCUGCUUGCUUUGGAAGCUUGUUUCUGCCACUGAAUAAAAAAUAAAAAAGGUAUAAUGCAGCUUUUUAUCUUGCAAUUCUGACCUUUUUUCUCAGAAUUGCAUGAUAUAAAUUCACAAUUGCAUGCACAAAAUCUCA